AUGCGAGUCUCGCACCCCCCUCGUCAUCCGCCCCCGGCUCGGUUUGAACCAAAUAAGCCUCUGUCUUUUUCAUCGGACAUCUGGACUCUCGCCUGUACCAUAUGGUCUAUCAUCGCCCAACGGCCAUUGUUUGAAGGAUUUAUGGCCACGGAGGACUAUAUGACGACUGAGCAUGUGGAUACUCUUGGUAUUUUACCAUCUGAAUGGUGGAGCCGGUGGGAGGCGCGACAUCACAAAUUUACCGAGGAUUGUAAGCCAAUAAAAAACUGUGAAUAUUUCCGAUCCUGGGACGAUCGGUUCAGGCGUAGCGUUGAAGAGCCUAGGCGAGAUAGAAAGAUCCCGUCGUUUGAUGCAAGGGAGAGGGACGCUAUCUUCGAGCUGUUACGGCAGAUGCUCUCAUUCAGACCCGAGGAUCGUCCUACUACCAAGCAAAUUCUCGAGUCAGAAUGGACGGUGAAAUGGGCUCUGCCUGAAUAUGGCAAGAUCCAAAAUACUGAAUGA